AUGGGGGUGCCGACUAUUGCCGCGGCUCUCAGCUGCACCGGUGCGCUCACGGAAAAACGGCACGUGGAACUCCCGCGCCCAAAGGCGGCCCCGACGUGUAGAAAUACAUUCAGCGUCUCCCACGCCUCGAAGCACCCUGACGCUGCGCUGGCAAAGGGCUUCUUGGAUGAGCGCAUUCCGCAGCAACGCAUGGACAUGGAUGCACAACGCGGCGCCGUUCGCCAACACCAGCAAGUCAAGCGCCGUGAGAUUACUGAAUCGGCCGAGCGGAGGAACGCAAUCGGCGCCAAGGAAAAGGUUAUAGGAGUAAAGUGUUUAAUGCGUCAUGCCGCCGAGAAGAGUAUUCGGCAGGCCCACGCGGCGCAGUAUUGCCCGAUGGUUAUUCGGUUCAUGCGGCAGACCUGGCAGGCGCUUCUUCAGCAAGUGCACACGUACCUGGGCGAACCCGGCGCCAGCGAAAGUCCAGAAGAUGAAACGCAGCUUAUUGUGGCCCGCUGCCGAGGAGCACUGGAAAAUAUAUCGGCUCUCGGUGUGUGGUUUGCCGGGGCCAUCUCGAUUCCCUUUCGGCGCUACUCCGUUCGCGCUCCCGCGGAGGAUGGCACGCUCCAAGACUUUGUCGUGAUUGGCCUGGCGUCGUUCACCUACUCUUCCUACGUCAUGGACGACCGCCGCCUCGCCCAGGAGGCCACCCUCGCCGAACUCGAGCGACUCUCCAAGCGGCUCGGCGUGAGUCUUCUGUUCCUGCCGCCUUUGGUCCUGCCGGAGGAACGCCUGCGGGGGAGCGGCGGUUUCGCCCGCGGCGAGGCUUCUGCCGAGCAGCUAGUGGUUGUGUAA